GAUCUGACCAAGGAUUUACUUGUUUCCUCCUCCUCUCUAUUCCCCUCCCCUUGAGACCACACCACAUCACAGAGGCCGCGGCGGCGCCGGCGCCGGCGCUCCCAAUGACGUCGACCACGGCGACAGAAGGCACGUUUUGCUACUUGGCUGGCUGUGGUCGGACACAAGGAGCUCGGGACGGCACAUAUGUUGUGCGGUGCAAGCAACUUCUUCUCUAUUGGAUUGGAUUGGAUUGGAUUUCCGCUGAGAACACGGCAAAGACCGCCAUCCACACCACACCACAGGACGUGUCCGGCGGUCCACUGGGCCAAAGGCCAGAUCUCGGCCCAGGCUACCCCGUACGCAUGAUGUGCGCAGGCCCAACCCGCCGCCUGUGAUCCACCGGGCUCGUUAUUGGGUGGACGGGCCUGGCUAUGGAUGGAUCUGGCCCAACAGGUGCCAUCACCUCCCGACCCAGCGCCGUCUCUCUCUUUCGGGGGAGGAAAGGGCGAGAGGUCGAGGGGCGGCGGCGACGACAGCGUCGACCGGUGGCGGAGGCGGCCGCGACCACCUCAACCCCCCGUGACCAGAGCCGGCCAUCAAUCCGCCAUAGCUUUUCGGGGGAACGUGGUGAGGUCGAUCUGACCGGCGGUGAUCUGUUUUGGAGGCGGCCGUCCCCAGCCCAAGCUCGUCUGCCUAAGGUCGACGGGAAGACGGGGCUGAGGCUGCAUCUGCGGGUUAUAUCUGUUGAGGACGCUGCCUUUCUUCCAACGAAAGCUUUCUCGGAUGGCCCCCAAGGAGCAAAGACUUCACGCUGAUCUGUUCAAGGUGACCCACCAGAAGGUGGUUGAUGCCAUCAGGGCAAACAUAACUAAUCAGACCUCAUAUGAUCAAAUUAAGAUUAUCCAACUCAGCUGCGAGCCGACAGAUGAAGAAUUGUUGAUGUUUUAUGCGGAGGUCCAUAAUCACCUAUUGGAGGUGGCUUCCCUUUCUAUCAACAAGAACGUUGAUUUCUUUGCGCCAGAGGAGGGAUUCGCGGAAGGCUUUGUUCCUGAGAUUGCAGAAGGACUACCAGUUUUAAGGCCUCAAACUAAGAAUAUAUCAUAUUUCAUUGUCGAGUUUGUUGGUGGUCCUGGAGAACCACGCCUGCAAUUUGCUGUUCGCCAUGACAAUCUGUACUGUGUCGGUUUCCGGGUGUUGUCUGCCAAUGAUAACGCAAAAACCAAAGAUUGGUCCUCUUUUGGUGAUGUUAACCUUUUGAAGUGUGCUGCAUUUCCUAAUGUUGAGGCAUCUAGAUUGUCAGAGAGCUAUAAAUCUUCCAAAUCAGUGCGAAUAUACCCCAUGGUUUUCCGACGAAUAUAUAUGUACUUCUCCAAAUACACUUGCAAUUCUGCUGUAGCUGUUGGGGAAUUGUUAAAAGACACAUUGUUUGUUGUUAUCUGUGAGGCAAGUCGCUUUGGGUUUGUCCAAAGGUUGACUUUUCAAGGAAUGCAUGCUUUCGAAGUUCCGGUUGGACUCACUGAUUUGAUGGAUAAUAUUAUUCAUGAUUACAAGGAUUUGUCAUUAGGGGCACUGUUGAUAUAUCUGUAUGACCUAGAAGAGAAAUUGAGCGUGGCUGAGAGAUCACGCUACCAAACUGAAGAUCAACUAGCAGCUGCACUAGUUGGAUUCAACAGUUACGCUCUGCAUGUGAAUCUCAGGGGAUCUGAUGGUCUUUAUGCUCCGAUGUUCGAUAGUGAGGUUGUUAGGCUUAUCCAUAUGAGGCUUCGGAACUUUGACAAAAAUAUCCGCAAAUUGACUGAUGUUUCUUAUUGAUUGCUGCUGAUUUGCUGAGAAAUGGCUCCUGAUGAUGAUUCAAUCUUUAUUCCAAGUUAUCCAUAUGAGGCUUUUGAAGUUUAAUCUCUGGUGCUGUGUUGUCCCUCCCUCAUAUCAAUUGCUUUGAAAUGGCUCCUUAUGAUGAUUCAAUCUUGAUGAUGGCCUCUGCUUCUUGAUGGCCGUUUUCUAUGAUGUCCCUGCUUCUUCCUGAUGGUAGCCCAUGUGAUUUUGGCUGCUGUAGAUGACACUGGCCUUGUUAUUUGUUCAUUUUGUCCUUUCUCAGACAGUGGCUUUGCCGUUUUUGAGCUUGUGGCUGAUACUCCUUAGGCUAUAGUUUACUGAAGUAGAAUUUCGUCAUGCCUGUGCUCAGUGUAUUUUUUGUUGAUUGUGCCUUGUGUACCAUGGAAUUGCUGGCUGAUACUGCCUUGGGCUGCUAGUUUACUGAAGUAGCAUUCCUCUAUGCUCAGUGUAAUGUUGUUGCUACUCACUGAAAAGCUCACUUUAUCAUUUCUGGGUAGCCUGAGGAUAAUGAAAUACGAACUUUCUUUGAACUA